AUGUCCCACGGCCGACGCACCAACACCACACCGAACACAUCAGACACACCCCGCAAUGCCGAGCCAGGCGGAGCAGCAGCAUUUGCGGCACGGCACGAGAACCUGCUCACCCUGCGAACCGAGGCAGGAUGCCAAGGCCUGGCAGACUGUCGUGUGGCACGCCGGCGCCAAGGUGCGAGGCAGAUCGCGAGGGCAGUACCUGCUGCGCUGAUGGAAGAACUUGUGAAAAUCCUUGGAACCUUCGCCGGCUGUCGAAUCUGGCGGUUCAAGGGGACAACCAGCUCGCGAGGCUUGCGGUCCACUGGCAAGCCAGAACCGCUUCCCCUCAGCACGCAGGAUGCCAUGAGUCUAUGA